UUACCUCCCAUGGUUUGAAGUCUUUUAUAAGCUGCUCAACAUCUUGGCAGAUUAUUCAGCAAAAGGACAGGACAGUCAAAGGAGUGAGCUCCUAGAAACAUUUCAUAAACUUACCAUCCCUGAGCCAGGAACCUCUGUUCAUCUUGGAGUGCACUCUUACUUUACUGUGCCUGACAUCAGAGAGCUUCCUAGUAUACCUGAAAAUAGAAAUCUGACAGAGUAUUUUGUAGCAGUUGACGUCAACAACAUGCUGCAUCUCUAUGCCAGUAUGCUGUAUGAACGCCGCAUCCUCAUUUGUUGUAGUAAGCUGAGCACUUUAACUGCCUGCAUUCAUGGGUCUGCAGCUAUGCUCUACCCGAUGUUCUGGCAGCAUGUUUAUAUUCCUGUUCUACCCCCACAUCUAUUGGACUACUGUUGUGCCCCAAUGCCCUACCUCAUUGGAAUACAUUUAAGUUUGAUGGAGAAAGUAAGAAACAUGGCCCUGGAAGAUGUAGUGAUUCUUAAUGUAGACACCAACACACUGGAAACCCCUUUUGAUGACCUUCAGAGCCUUCCUAAUGAUGUGGUUUCUGCACUGAAGAACAGAUUGAAGAAAGUCUCUACAACCACUGGAGAUGGUGUUGCAAGAGCGUUUCUAAAAGCACAAGCAUCUUUCUUUGGGAGCUACAGAAAUGCCCUGAAAAUUGAACCUGGUUCUGAAACAUUGUGCUUGAGAGAUUUUGCUUUAGUUUCAAUUGGAGAAAAAAAAGACAGUAGCAGGUUGCCAGUAAAGGGUCUGUUCUGCCUGAUGAACUCAAAAAUUCAUGUUGAGGGUGAACCCAUCACUUUUUGUGAAGAAACAUUUGUGUCCCAUCGUUCUGCUGUCAUGAGGCAGUUUCUGCAGAAUGCCAUUCAGCUCCAGCUCUUUAAGCAGUUCAUCGAUGGCCGUCUGGAUCUUCUUAACUCUGGCGAGGGCUUCAGUGAUGUUUUUGAAGAAGAAAUAAAUACAGGAGAAUAUGCAGGUAGCGACAAAUUGUACCACCAGUGGCUCUCUACAGUAAGGAAAGGAAGUGGAGCCAUUUUAAAUACAGUAAAGACCAAGGCUAACCCUGCCAUGAAGACUGUGUAUAAGUUUGCAAAAGAUCAUGCAAAAAUGGGAAUAAAAGAAGUGAAAAACCGCUUGAAGCAAAAGGACAUUGCUGAGAAUGGGUGUUCUGCAACACCGGGGGAAUCUCUACCUAGGACAGCGCCUUCUCCAUUGGUUGAAAAGAAGGACCCUAAAUUAAGAGAAGACCGAAGACCAAUCACAGUACAUUUUGGUCAGCAGCAGAGACUCCGUCCACCUCGGCCACCGCCUCCAAAGAUACAGCGUUCAUCUAGGCCCGUUCGCCCGCCAAGACCACAUGUUGUUAAGAGACCCAGGAGCAAUAUUGCUGUGGAAGGACGAAGGACUUCAGUUUCUAGUCCAGAGCAGCCUCAGCCAUACCGGGCCCUGAAAGAAUCCGAUAGUGCUGAUGGGGAAGAGGCGAUCAGUCCAGAAAAAUCAAAAGAGCCUCUGCCUCCAAGCCCUCUGCUCUCCAGCAAGGCCACAGAAAUCAACCUCCUUGAAGACAUUUUCCCUAACUUAGAAGUAGAAACACAGCCUCAGCUUCUCAGCCAAGCUAAGAGCCUAGAAGACCUGCGGACUCCCAAAGAAGAGGGAGAUCAGCGAUGCACGUUUGAUUACCAGAGAAUGGAUCUUGGUGUGUCGGAGAGGAACAGGAUUGUGCCAACCAUGAAGCUCUCUCACCCUUACAACAAGCUGUGGAGCAUGGGUCAUGACGAUAUGGCUAUUCCUACCAAGUAUUCCCAAAGCUCACCGGAAAGGCCCUUGACUGCACUUGGUAACAUGCCACCAGUCACAAGGAGACCCCGGAGCAGAGACAGCAUUCUGGCUCCUGCAGAAAAGGAUGAAUUAAAUCCUGCCGUUCAAGGGAACAUCACCAUUCCUAGGCCACAAGGAAGAAAGACUCCUGAACUGGGGAUAGUGCCACCACCACCAGCACCCAGGGCUUCCAAGCAUCAGACUCCGUCUGGGCCAAAAGAAAUUCUCACCACCCACGCUACAGGACGUAGCCAUUUGGUUUCAGAUCUUAUCCCAGAGCCCUUUGGAGUUGGUAGUGCGUCCUUAGACUCUGAAAUCCAGCAGCCUGUAAAUUAUUCCUCUCAUCCAUCUCAGCUUUUCUCCAGUGCUACCACCACUGCUGAGAUGCUCCAGCCUGUCAAGGUGAAGACAGAAAAUACAGGUAAUGAAAGCGACUACCUUCUUAAUCUCCUGGACCCAUUAAAAACUGCCAGCUGGCAAAGCAGUGGCCCGCAGCAAGGUCCCCGCAGCCUGCAAGGCUCAGCCACUCCACCUUCUGCAGCUGGCUUUGUCUCGGUGGCAAGUGACUUUGUGCCUCCUCCAGCUGCACCAUUUGUCCAGCCACUUGGUUAUCCUUCCCCAACACCACCACCUUUUUUACAGCCAUCUCCGAAUCCAUUUACGCAGACAGUGCCGGGCGCUCUUUCAGUGUCUCUGGUUAGACCCCCAAGGGGCUCUUUCACCCCCUCUUUAGGUCACGCUUACAGCUCUAGCUUCAUAACGCCCAAUUCUAGCUUCUACCCACCACAAAGACCUCAACCAAACAUUUCAACACUAUCCAUGCCAAACUUGUUUAGCCAGGCUCCAGCUGUGCCACCAGCUAGCUCCUUCCUGCUGCGGAGCCACAGCCCUUCUCCGAGUAGCUCUCUACAGCCAGCGUGUUUAAGUGGUCCUUCUAAAACCAGAACGUUACAGGUGGGCCAGUCCAGCUCAAAGGUAGAUCCCAAACAAGCGCUAGCUCUCCUGUCUAAUGAACCCCCUUUGAUCCCUGCCAGGCCAGCUAAGGGCUUAGAGUCAGUGUUACAAUCCUCAAAAUCUGAGGAGACAAAAGAUCCAUUUGAAGAUUUGUUAAAAAAGACAAAGGAAGACGUGUCGUCCACACCAGGUAAGGUUGAACAGCUCAGAAAGCGAUGGGAAACCUUUGAGUAA